AUGGUGCGCAUCAGUGUUUUGAACGACUGCCUCAAGAGCAUCUGCAAUGCCGAGAAGAGGGGCAAGCGUCAGGUCCUCAUCAGGCCUAGCUCCAAGGUCAUCGUCAAGUUCCUCACCGUCAUGCUUAAGCACGGUUACAUUGGUGAGUUCGAGAUCGUCGACGACCACCGCAGCGGCAAGAUCGUUGUUGACCUCAUUGGUCGCAUCAACAAGUGCGGCGUGAUCAGCCCCCGCUUCGACAUUAAGCUCAAGCACAUCGAGCAGUGGAUCACCGAUCUCCUGCCCUCGCGUCAGUUCGGUUUCAUUGUCCUCACCACCUCGUCCGGCAUCAUGGAUCACGAGGAGGCUAGGCGCAAGGGUUGUGGUGGUAAGGUCCUCGGCUACUUCUACUAA